UGAACGCGUCUACUAAUGCAUACAUUAUAUUAUAUCAGUAGUCGCUGACAACAUGGCAGCAGGUGCGUGGACCGCUCUUGUUUGUUUCCUAUGUACGGUCCCUAUCCAGGGACUGGCAGACUUCCCCUUCAGAAACACCUCACUGUCCUGGAGCGACAGGGUGGAUGAUCUAGUCAGUCGUCUCUCCAUAGAUGAGAUCCAGCAUCAGAUGGCGAGGGGUGGAGCGGUUAAUGAUGGCACCCCUCCUAUCCCCCGACUGGGUAUCGAGCCAUACGUUUGGAACACGGAAUGUCUGAGAGGUGAUGUGUCGUCAGGCAACGCUACAGGAUUUCCCCAGGCUCUGGGUCUUGCUGCCUCCUUUAGCCCCCGUUUGGUGUUCCAAAUAGGGGAGGCAACUGGGGUAGAAGUCAGGGCUAAGUACAACAACUACAGUAGAAGUGGCCUCCAUGGGGAACACAUGGGAGUAAGCUGCUUCAGUCCUGUCAUCAACAUUGUCAGGGACCCCAGGUGGGGCAGAAGUCAGGAAACAUAUGGAGAAGACCCUUUCCAGAGCGGCGUUCUCGCAGCUACCUUCGUCCAGGGACUACAGGGCAAUGACACGCGCUAUGUGCGCGCAAACGCUGGAUGUAAACACUUCGCAGCUUAUGAUGGGCCAGAGGAUAAACCCAUUUCAAGGAUGAAGUUCGAUGCCAAGGUUAGCGAGCGCGACCUUCGAACGACCUUCCUGCCUGCCUUCAGAGCCUGUGUAAAGGCUGGAACAUACAGUAUCAUGUGCAGCUACAAUAGCAUAAACGGCGUACCGACGUGUGCCAGUAAACAGCUCUUGAACGACAUUCUGCGAGAGGAGUGGGGUUUCAAAGGUUACGUCGUGAGCGACGGGGGCGCCAUAGAGAACAUUCUACGUGGUCACCACUACGCCGAUAACUAUGUGGACAUCGCCUCCGACUGUGUGAACGCUGGAUGCAACUUGGAAUUGAAUCAAAGAAAAGAGCAAAACCUAACAUACUUCUCAAUAGUCGAUGCAAUAAAUCAAGGCAAGCUUACAGAGGAGAAAGUCAGAGAAAGCGUCAAACCCUUGUUCUACACCCGAAUGAGGUUGGGCGAGUUUGAUCCUCCAGAAAUGAACCCCUAUUCCAAACUUGACCUCUCUGUGAUUGAAAGCGAGGCUCACCAGAUGCUUGCAAUCGAGGCAGCCAUGGAGACCUUUGUUUUACUGAAGAACGAAGGAGACAUGUUGCCACUGAAGAAAGACACCUUCGACAGGAUUGCUAUUGUUGGACCCAUGGCCAAUAAUUCUGAGCUGUUGUUUGGGAACUAUGCACCUGAGACAUUCCACACCUUUGUCAAAACUCCUCUGCAAGGACUAGCUAAACUGGGGCAAUCUGUCAACUACGCAGCCGGCUGUGACGACAACUUUUGUAAACAUUAUGACAACGCAUCAAUCAAGAAGGCAGUUGCCAUGACAGAAGUUAUAUUUGUAUGUCUUGGAACAGGGCGGACGAUUGAAUCCGAGGGCAACGAUCGCUAUGACAUCAACCUCCCCGGUUAUCAACUUCAGUUGCUUCGAGACGUCGCUGCUUACAGAAAUACGACCCCUGUAGUUCUCCUACUGUUUAACGCUGGUGCCCUCAAUGUAACUUGGGCUGAUGAAAGCUCCGACAUCGCCGCCAUCUUGGAAUGUUUCUUCCCAGCACAGGCAACAGGGGAGGCUUUGAGACGUGUGAUCAUUAACGAAGGUCCAAGUUCGAAUCCUGCCGGUAGAAUGCCUGCUACAUGGCCCGCCACAGAGGAUCAGAUCUUUAAUAUUACCGAAUAUUCAAUGGAAGGGAAGACGUAUCGGUAUUUCAAGGGAGAUCCUCUGUACCCUUACGGUUACGGGUUGUCGUACACUCAGUUUAAAUACUUCCUACUGGAGAAUCCCACUACAAUCCAAGCGGGACAAGAUCUUCACGGCAUGGUCACUAUCGGCAACACCGGGAAUAUUGAUGGAGAUGAGGUUAUACAAGUCUACAUACAGUGGAUGAAUGCCACCCAACCGACUCCACAGUUGCAACUGGCCUGGUUCGACCGAGUCACGAUCCCUGGCAAUGGCGACGUCAACAUUAAUUUCACCGUCUCUGCCGAAAGUAUGGCAGUGUGGGUGGACAACAAAGGCUGGGCAGUGGAGGAGGGGGAGUUGAUGCUUUAUGUUGGAGGUCAACAGCCAAACCAGAAGAAGCAAAUAAGUUCCAACGUGGUCUGCAACACAUACAAGAUCGUGGGAUCCAAAUUGUUAGGACGAUAUUAAAAUGUUGUACACGGCAUUGUACAGUUACUGUGUUGAACGGUGUGGUUAUAUACUAUUUCAUAUUACUAUGGUUAAUCUGUCAUGAGUGAUUAACAAUACUAAUAUAAAAGAAAAUGACUACUGACUAGGACAUAUAACAGAGAAAUAACCCUUCAAUAAAGAGAGCUAUUUGUUUCAAA